GCGCUCGGCGUCAUCCCCUGCAUCACUCUCUCUCUCUCUCUCUUGCAUCCUGCUCGCAGAGUGCCGGGGCCGAGUCUGCGUCGGCGCCGAGCGACUGGGGGAGUCUCGGCGGUGUUGCCGGUUCGCUCGAACCGGUGCUCGCCACGAGGAGAACCCGCUCCGCCAGAGCCGUGGCCGGAGCUCCGCUCCAUAGUCGGUUCUUGCAUCUGACGCGCGGCGGGCGAACGCGGCCGGCCGUCGGGAGCGCGAUAUGCACGAGCGUGUCAUGUGACACGCGUGACAAGUGGUGCGCGGCCGCGGCGUUGCUACACACGACGCCGGGGACGGUUAUCGCGUGCGGCGGUAGGAUAAGAGGAAAGAAGGAAGAGGCGGGACGAAAGAGAAGAGACAAAGAGAAAGGGGGGAGAGAGAGAGGAGGGAUAGACUCGAAGGAAAAUAAACGUUCUCGCGUACAGUUGUUGCGUGCGUGCGUGAGCUCAUCGGUUUAACGUUCUUCGUGCCCCUAGCCUGGUGUUCCCCCCCCCCUCCCCGCGAGGUCGAAUCUGCUCGUCGGUGCCGGUGCGAACCACGGUACGCGAUAAGGUACGGUACGGUACGCGAGCAAAUAUGUUACCGGCGCGACGUGGCAACAGUACGGACGGACGACGACGACGACGACGACGAGCCACCAGGAGCACCAUCCACGCACCGUCAUCCGUCGAGACGCCACGACGCCGGACCGUUCGCGUACGGUCGGAGCCCUGAGACUCCUUUCUCUUCGCGUUACUGCCCGUCCAGUGUCGCUCCCGUCGGGGGCGAUAAAUUCGGGAUAGCCUGCGGGGAACACGAGCGUGAUUCUCGGCAGGUAGGUAGUUGCAAGGCCCUCGAGGGUUCUUAGGGCUGCGUUAGGCUGGCGAGCGCGACGAGCACGUGGUCGAGUGAUCGAUAUAUUUAAACUGCUAGCGGUAGAGUGGAAAAGAAAGAGAGAGAGAGAGAAAGGAGAGCGAGAGAUAGGAAAAGUGUAGUCUAUUUACGGUAAAUAGAAUCUUUGUCCUUCGGUCGGUCGACGGCAUAAAAAAAGGUCGACACCGUCGGGCAAAGAGAGAGAAAGAGAGAGAGAGAGAGAGAGAAGUGCGGUUCGCAACGGGCCGUAGUUGGAGAAAGUCCCUCGCGAGGAAAAGCCCACCCGUCAGGACAUGGGAGAUCGCUGUACCCGUGCAAAUCAUCACAUUGCAGGUUUUAGGAAUGCGGGUGGCGAGGGGAGGUGAUGGCCCGCGCUUGAGGUGGUUGUUGUUUCUGGUCACGGUGGUGGUGGCGGCGGUGGUGCGGGUCGCGGGUACACCCUCGGACACGCUGCCGUCGUUGACGGGCGCGUCCCUGCCGUCGUCCUCGCGAGUAGAAUGUCCAGAUGGGUGCGAGUGCGCGGAUCAUACCAAGCACGGCGGCGGCGGCAGCAGCCUGAGAUGCGCGGGGCGCGAGCUGUCCGGCCUCGCGCUGCCGCGAGACGUGACGAGCGUGUCGCUGAGGAACGUCCGGGUGAGCGCGAUCCGGGCGACCGUCCUGGAGGGAGUCGCCAGGCUGCGAAGUCUGACCUGGUCGUCGAGCGGCGCCGAGAGAGUGGAGGCAGGCGCGUUCGGGGCCGCCGCGCACCUCGAGCGGCUCGAUCUAGGUGAUAAUCGACUGGCCGACCUGCCGUCGGGAGUCUUCCAUCCGUUGCAUCAACUCCAGUACCUGAACCUCACCGGGAACCGGCUGACCGCGCUGCCGCAGCAGCUGUUCCGCCAUCUAAAUCGCCUCCAGGAGGUCCGCCUGGCGGCGAAUCUGCUCUCCGUACUCCCCUACCAGGCGUUCGCGCCCACCAGGGAGCUCGUGCGGCUCGAUCUCAGUGGUAACCGGCUGGUCUCGCUGCCGGACCAUAGCUUUCAGCCGAAUCGGCAGCUGCUGGAGCUGCGACUGGCCGGCAACCGCCUGACGAAGCUGCCGUCCCGGCUCUUCUCCGGCUUGGCGCGGCUCAAGGUGCUCGAUCUCGCCGACAACGAGAUCGACGCGCUGCCACGUAGCCUCUUCAGCCACCUCACGGCCUUGGAGCACCUCGAUCUCGGGGGCAAUCCGAUCGCGCGUCUCUCCGACACCGCGUUUCAAGGCCUCGCCAGUUUACGAUGGCUCGAUCUCAGCCGUUUGCCGAUCUCGUCGCUGCCCGGUGACGUCUGGCGGCCUGUCAGCAGGCUGAGGACCCUCCUGCUAUCCGGGACCAAACUGGAGAACCUUCGGAACAAGGAUCUGGCCGAUCUGGCCGAGCUGGAGACCCUGGAAGUAACCAACGGCACGCUGCGGGAGAUCGGCCAGCUGACUCUCAACGAGACACCGUCCCUGCGUAGAAUCGACCUGCGCAACAAUGAUUUGACCUUCCUGCCGGCGAACGUGGCGUAUCUGCCGUUGCUGGACGAGCUGCAGCUGCAGGGUAACUCGUGGGCCUGCGACUGCCGUAUGUUUUGGUUCGUCAAGUGGUCGGAGAGCAGGGCGCAUCUGCGCGCGGCCUUCCAGAGCGGGCUCAAGUGCGGCCACGAGGGCGACGGCACCGUCGACAUCCUGCGGACGUUGCGCUACCUCGAGUGCAGCCCGCCGAGGCUCGUGCGAGCUACCAAGACCCAGCAGUACCUCCUCCUGAAACCGGUGCUGCUGGAAUGCGAGUUCAGCGGCAAUCCCGCGCCCUCCCUCACCUGGGUGACCCCGAGCGGCCUGGUGCUACACUGGGUGCCGGACCCGGGCUUCCCCGACGCGUUCGUCGAGCAUCCCAAGGUGCACAGCUGGCGGACGGACCGGCCGGUCGUCGACGACGGGCGCAUUCGCGUCCUGGAGAACGGCUCCCUUUACAUCGCGACGCUGAUGCGGCAGGACGUGGGCAAGUACAAGUGCACGGCGGUCAACCCGAUCGCCAACGAAACCGUCUACGUGACGCUGCACAUGGACCCGAUAACCUUGCACAACAUCAAGAUCUUUAGCAUCGUCGUCGGCGCGCUUUGCACCUUGGCGUUUCUUCUACUGACGUUGGCGGUGCAGCUGCUGCGGUAUAUCUUGUUGAGGUGCGGAUGCAUCAAGUGGUGCCUGUGCUGCAGACACGUGGGCGUGACGCCGCGGGCUAAGCAGAUCUACCAGAUGCUCGACAACAUCGAGCAGUACAAGAGCCAGCAACUCGAGAGACUGAGGGAGAACUACACGCAGCAGGUGCACAGAAUUAAGGACAAUUGCGUUCAGCAAGUGGAAUGGAUCCGCGACAGCUACGAGGGUCAAAUGCAGCAUAUACGAGACAUACGGGACUACGGUACCACCCACCUGACCGCGCUGAGAGAUCAGUACUACGAUCAGGUGAAAAGGGUGCGGGACUAUUCCACCAGCCAGCUCAACUGGGUACGCGAGAACUACGUCUUCCAACGGAACAAGAUCCGCAAGUUCAGCGCCCAUCAGGUGUUGCGGUUGCGCGAGAGCUACAAAUACCAGCAGCAGACGCUGGCCAAGGUGCUGGAGAACCUGCCGAAUCUCUACUUCGACAAUUGCCGGAGCGGCUCGUGCGGCAAGAGCGACUCCAUGAUGUUCGACCCUACCAAGGACGAUCUCAACGGUAUGGACACCUAUUUCAAGGCGAAGAUCGACGAUCUGGUGGCGGGGGCGAGUCUGGAGGACGUCAACAGCGAGUAUUACACGCCGACCGAGCUAUCGUCGACCAGCCCGAACGCCCCGAACGCGUUAGAAGGUAUUCACAUCAAUUAUAUCGAGGAAAGCUGUCCACCGCCGCCUCUUGGACCGCCUACAGUGUUGCCUGCUUCGGCGGUACUGCAAUGUAUCGACGAGUACGGCAGCACGUUGUCCGUGUACAACUACGAGAAUGACAAGCCGAUCUUCAGAGGCUCCAACGGUACAGUCUUGGCUAAGGAGCCUCGGAACGAGAUUCCGGAAGUCCUGGGGCUCUUAGCACCUAGCAACAGUCUACCUGAUCUUCCACGCGAGACUAAACUCUAGCCGGCAGAAAUUAAGGCGCAUUAAAGUGGCCAAGAAUGGGUUCCUGCUAUCAUUUAAGUUAUCAGAAACAUACAAGAGGGAGGGAAUUGUUCUGGGACAAUCAACCGGGAGUGGAGAAUCGUCGUCAUCCUGCGUCCGAUAAAUUGGGAAUCGCAUCUUCGAUAUCGAGGAAACUGCUCGAAGCUUCUUCCGCUUGUGAUUGAGGACUGAUUUGAGGAGAGUGCCCUAGGAGAUAGUUCGACAAGUACUCGUGUCAGUGCCAAGAAACGGGAGAUCCUUCCUCUGUCGAGAUCGAUGACUGUCGAUCGCAAAGAAAAGUGUGUGCGUGUGCUAAAUCUAGGAGAACAAAAAAAAAUUACGGACAGUUUCCAAGGGCUUUCCUUUACAUGAUCGACCUUGCAACCUGUCCGCCUCUUGUUAAGCAACCGUGUGCUUUUUCAUCAGUGUCAUCGUUUUUGGAUGACUGUUAUAUCAUCCGAGGGGAUAGAGGAAAAGGCGCGAAUUGCAUUUCGCGUCUUCAUCAACUCGGCUGUAAAUUAAUUUCCUCUUGCAAGCGCGACGAGAGAAGCAAAGUAACUUCGCCUAGUUGUCAAUUCCAUGAAUCUUGAGAUUGCGAGUUCCGCAAGGAAACAUUCUCAAUCCUUUCUGUAAAUAGGCGUGCGUGAAAGUUUUAUGUAUCAGUGAUAUACCGCGAGAAAAAGUCGGAUUACCCUCUCAUUGCGAAAGACUCAUGAGGCGGCGAGAUCGACACGCCCGCAAUCGUUCGUUUUAAUUGAUUUCGUCUUCUUCGUCUUGAUUUUCUCACGAAUAAAAAGCGACGAAAAAUAUUAGCGUUCGGUCGUGCUCGAAUCCUUUCCCAUCUUCUUCUUUUUUUAACCGCCUUUGUUUAGCGUAGUAGGUUACAAAUCGUUCGAGACAUAGAAGUAUAUACCUAUCGAAGAGAGAAAAGAAGAGAACAUACCAGAAAGUAACCAACGUACGUACUUAAUUUUUUUUAAUCAUUACAGCGAUGUAAUAUCUUCAACCGGUCGGGCUUAUCAUUCGCGCAAAAAAAAACAAUGAAAGGGAGAGGAAAUUAUAAUUAAGAAAAAUUAUAUUGGCUGUUACAUCUUUCGUGCUGAAACAGCGUUUCAGAGAAAGAAACUUCUAUGUAUGGAUUUAGUUGCAACAAAGUUGCUCUUAUACAAAUUUUGCAAAAUGCGCCCCUUUGUUGAAUAAAUCCUGACGAAUCGUCGCCAAGUAUCUACAUCUUCAUCCCCUAUCCAAGUUCCAUCUCGUAAUAAGACUUUGUAGAAAAAUAUACUGAAAACUUAAUUUGUUCUUAAAAAAAGCAUGCUAAACAGAAAAAUAAGAGCUAUUAAACAACCCGCUAAUUAGCUCAUUGCUAAUUAGCAAGUUGCUAACUGUAAAACAUUUAAUUAACACGAACUUUAAUCAUCGAUAGGAUAUAUGCAAUAUCAUUUAGAGUUACACAGAGAUGGGAGCGACGAUUGAAGGAAAAUAAGAAUAGUUAAUAUAAUUUAUAAUUCGAUUUAAAUUUUUCACUUGUGCAAAAGAUCUAACAACAAAUUUCAGCUCCAAAUUCUGUAGCCAACUAUCUACAGAACUGAAAGUUCAAUGGUAAAUUUUUAGAAUAUAAAAUAAUUUUAAAGUAAAUAAUAUUAAUAUUAAUUAUAUUUUUAGCGUAACAGAAGUUUUAUUUCGAAAGUUAAAGCUCUGUCCUGAAGAGGAUUAAUAUCAAACUAAUUUUUGUAUGUGGAAUUAAAUUUUUGUUACUUUAUAUUCUUCAAAUCUAGAUUUUAUUAUAAUAGAUUAAAAUUCACAGGGCAAUUACGGGAAAAAAUAAUUUCGUUCGUGAAAAGCGACUUUGCAUACAAGUGAUUAAUCUCGAAUUAUUUCUUGAAAGUAAUUUCGUAGAAUUUUGUGAUAUAUAAAUUACAUUGUAAACGAUAAUUAUAGUUUACAAUGUUACAGUUUGUUCUAAAUGAUGCAUACAAAUGCGUCUCGCGGUGAGGUAUUUAUUUUUCUAAUAGACACGCGUAAAUUUGCAAAGCAAUUUAUGAUCGAAGGACGUAAUAUCUCGAGAGAUCCCUAGGUUUAGAUAUUUAUACGGACCUAGUCCGUUCUCGUUUGGAACUCGUAAAUCGUCUCGAUCGAAUCGCCAAGAACGCAAUACUUUCGCGUUGGAAAAAUCACGCGAUGAAAAGGCACGUGCGUACCGAUUAUCUAAAUAACUGCUGCCGAUCGUAGAAACAGCUGAGUCACCACGACAACGACACCAAUGGAACGAAACGAAAAUGACCGCGGCCAGAAGAGCGUUGUCGUUAUUUUUCGAUCGCGUCAGCGAGAGAGAUAAAGUUUUAUCGUGCUUCCUCCGUUAAACGGAGGGGGAAGCCACGCGCGGGAUACGCGAGACGAAGCAGAACCACGACGGAAAGCGUGUAGUCAGUCCCGGUAUCGUGGUGAGAACGUAAGGGGAAUUCUACUCUAUGUCGAGAGAAACCUGAUCGGGCUAAGUACAGAGAAGUAGGAAUCGAUAGGUUGUCACAGGCUCGAAAUUCGAUGAAGCUGGAGUCGACGUUUUCUCAGUGAAAAUUUGAAGCGCAAUUAUCAAGUCUCCAAGCUUAUUUUUCAAUUUAAUUAAUCGGCGAAGCCCAUCAUGGAGCAAAUUAAUGCAUUAUUUUCCACAAGUUAUCCACGUCUCGCAGAUCGGUAGACUCUAUGAAUCAAUCAGAAAGCUUUUAAAUAAAUGUAAACAUGUGUGGGUGAUAAAAAAUGAUUCGUGUCAUUAUCAGAAUUCGAACUCGCGUCAUAUAAUUUUAUAUAGCAAUAUUUUCUUCAAGUAAACUGACCGCUUAAAUCAGACGAUUUUUAACAUACAUAAUCGUUUGAUUUUAAAUCUAACGUGAAUCAAUUAAAAACAUCAAAAUUGAUAACUCAUCAUCAAAACUAUCAGUUUUGUGAUUGUCGAGUUCUGCUUGCAAGUAUAUACGUUGUAUAAUUAUAACACGAAUCUGUAAUCACCGCGGUGUUUCUCAUAGCGUUCACAGCAAGGCAAACAUAUAAAAUUGUUACGUGAACAGCUUCUGGCUUCUGACUGAAACACGUAAAAAUGUGGACACGGUAAGAAUAUAAAGUUAAAUCGUAAGAGCGUUCUAGAUAUACCAGAGUAUCGGACUUCAGCAUAUCUUGCUAAAUAAAAAAUGUUUAUUUCAGUCAGAUAUAGAACAAUUUCCAAUAUAUAUCUAUAUCAGCUACAAAGUUAACAGAAAUUGAAUCCCAUAGAGAGAUCUUUAUUUAAAAAAUGAAUUUUCACUUAUAUGAUAUUUUUUAUAUGUAAGUGCAUUUAUAUGAAAAAAUACUGUUGUUUAAAUAAGAGAAACCUAAUCGUUGCAUAAAUAUUUAAUUCAUAUAACCGUCGAGAUAAUUAUUUCUGAAUUUCAAAGCUUAAUGGGAGACAUUUAUUCGAGCUUUUACUAAGAAAACAUCUCCAUAUUCAUCAAAUUUUCCGACCGCUGACUCCCUAUCUUUCACUCGAAAUUUCGCUGCGCAAUCGAUCAACCUAAUUGUACCCAGUCUCAUAAUUCUCGAUAUUCGCGUGCGCUAGUUCAAAUCAAAGUUGUUUUCGCUCUAAUUUACGUAGGAUUGAUUGGCAAUACAAACAAGAUUAUACCAUUUAUGAUUACAGACUCAAUUCGCAAUGUUAUUACGAAUUUAGACAAAUUGAUAUUUGAUGGCUCUGCAUUUUUUACUUGUAACAAGCUCCAUUUCGAAACCAAAUUCAUCAAAGGCAAUAGUUGCGUGUGUACGUGUGUUUACACCAGUUUUGGUGGAUCACGAAUGAUAAAAUAGAUCAGGCGGCGUACUAAGAAUCUUAGAAGAUAUUAUUUGUAAUUCUCUAAAAGUGGCACAAUUGUGCAAAUAACAAAUAAUCUCUAACAACGCUGUUCCAAAUAAUUCUAUCAAGGCUUUUGACAAAGCUGGGAGUCAAUUUGCAAUUACUCUCUAUUUAAAUUGCUCUAGUUCCUCCUCCCGAUAUUGCGGCGAUAGUCUUAUCGUUCGGACAGUUACCGAACUAUCAAAUUCUAUCUAAUUAGGUCGAUGAAAAGGACGACAGAAACGAACUUUUGAUGUAAACUUUCGAGAAGAGCAAAUAAGAGCCGAACUAUAGGCAUACAAGUAUACAAGCCCAUGUCGAUAUAAUUGACUUCUCAAUGCUUGUCGAAGUGAAUCGAUCUUGACGGUGAACUGAAGUAAAACAUAGUAUUAGAGAAAUAUUCCAGUAACAGCAUCCAUGAUAAUUCCAAUGAAAAAUGGAAGCAAUUCCAUUUGUAUUAACACGUUUAUAUUUAUCUGCGGUUUGACUUUUAUCGGCUCUUCUAUUUCGGAGCAAUUUGCUAAUUGUGUUUGAUGUCAACGAAGGAACCACUAACGCGCGCAAAUGCUGUCAUCAUCGAAAGUAUUUGGAAUUAAUGUUCAAUUAAUAAUCGUCAGUUUGAUAUAAAUUCCAUGAUUAUUAAAGGUCAGUGUUUAAUCUUUUCUUAUGGCUAAAACGCUCGACUGUGGAUAAACCAAUGUUGUUUCGUGGUCCCUUCAUGUUACGUCAUUCUCCUAUUUAAGAUUAUUAUAUAAACACUUGGAAGAAUGUAAGAGGAAGUAAACUGGUGCGUUCACCUGGCGUACGUCUAACGUUAAUUAAACGAGUAUUAUUGCGCCCGAACGUUUCUGGGAGCGACAAAAUGAGGGAGAUCUGAAAUCUACUACGCUUAGAGAAUAGUUUAAAGUUUAACUAGCUAUUUCUCGUCAUGGCACAUCGAAUCUUAGACGAGAAAGUCUUUUCUCUGUUCCUUCCUAUGUCGAAUGCUCGUACUUAUGCUUCCAGCAUGUAUAUUUUUUAUACGAUGUCAUUUUUAAACCGCGAAGCCUUACCAGAGGGGUAACGCACGUGCAGCGCGUGCAAGUUAAAAUUAAUGAUGCAAAAAAAAACCCGCGCUAUCAAUGACACUGAUACAGGCGCGCGAAAACUGAAGUGUGAAUCACGCGUAGUUGCUUUCCAGAAAUGAUUUCUCGCGUUCCAGUAUGUUACAUCGACAGCGGCAUAAUUAUUGUUAAAUGCGAGCGGUGCGCUCCAUAGUUCUCAAAAACAAUUAAGAGUACGUUGCUUUAAUGACAUUAAAAUAUGAAUAUCUUUUUCGCUGAACAUUUCAUAAACGUUUCCACAUAAAACGCAUAAUUUUUGGCAUUAUUUUCUCUGACGGAUAACGAGGAGGCUUUGUCGUCAUUUUUCUCAAGGACCGCAAAACGUGCAUUAAAAAUUAAUUAUGCCAUUGUAAAUCGAGUAUUUUGUCGUAAAACUAGAUAAUAGAUAACAGAAUUUACUCCAUCUGACUUCGCGAAUGACAUUCUCUGUCACCGGGAUUAAAUAUUAGAAAAAAAAAUUUUGUAGCGAAAAUUUAUGUGUUAUAGAAUUAUAUGUACUGUAUAUAGGAAUGUGUUUAUCUUUAGUGACGUGACAGUGAGAGGAAAUGUAUUUUCUUGAUAUGCAAGACAUGUCCUGAGUCUAUCGACCGCUCGUUCGGGACAUCCUUGCGUAAUUUCGAUACUAUAUCUAACGAGUCUUUUAAAUGCUGUGAUUUGUGAACUUUCGAAGAGAAUAUAUCGCGACGUAAAUUAUCGAUGUAGAAUGGAGCUUGCAAUAAUGUUAUCCAGUAUGUUUAUUGAAUGUACAAUAAUAAAUUGCACAACGUCGCGCAGAACAGAGACGUUUCUUCGGAGCGACUGCGAAAGUAAUAAUCACUCCGAAUACGCAACUAUACUAAUUUGUAUGAAUUUUCAUUAUCUGCAAAAGCUUUACUGAAAAUAAAUUAUGUAAUAAUCAAAGUAAAAACUUAUAGCGCGUGUUCCACGAAGUGAUGUUUGCCAGUCACUUGAAUUUGUUAAAAAUAUCGACAUUGUAUGAUGUACCACAAAUUACUUGUGUUACAGUUCAAUAUUUGGAAACCGGGAACCAAAGCAGAGAAAGGCCGACGCGCAAAUUCUUUCUUUCACUGAAGCGCAGUUUUCGUGUUACCGGGGCUGUCAUUGAUUUUGACGAUCGUUAAAAAGACCAAGCAAUCCUCACGGUUAUCUCCGCAGGAGUACCGUUCAAAGUCUCUCACAUGUAACUUGCCGAGAAGAUCUAAAACCUUCUAAAAUUUAACGCCUAAAAGUAUCUUGUCGAGCUUCCCAUCGGCAGUCUCCAAUUAUUUACUCCGAGAUAAACGGAUGCAUUGAAAGAAAAAACUACCGACGAAUAACUACGGCGGCAUAAACUGUCAUUUCCUACGUCGUAAACUUAUGGGUUGCAGAACAAGCAACGCGCGGGGAGAAACGAUCUAGAUCUGCUGUUCGAACAUUAUUCAUGUUGGAAAAUUAAGAGAGACCGAGCGGUUUAAUCGCUUUAAUGUUCCGACUGAGCGAUAUAAAAAGCCAUUUGUAAUGAAGCGAAUUAUUCGCUUUUGCGGAAGUAAUCCCGAGAUUAUUUCUACCGACCGAAAUAACGACGUCGGCGAAUCUGCUCAACUUCUAUUCAUAGUUUUCGAAGUUAAUAAAUCUCAUUGUUUAUUGCGGUA